AUGGUGGAAAUGAGCCCGCAAGAACAUAUCCCCAUGCUGAUUACACGCCUCGGCGUCGCUGUCCGAAAAAAACUACUUGUGUUUGUAUGGAAAGAUACCGAGUUCUUUGAAACAAAGGAACUGAAUAUACCCGAUCGAAUCAAAACCAUGGCUUGGGUUGGAACGACCAAGAUCUGUCUUGGGUUUGCCGCCGAAUACGCUCUCAUGGAUGUUGAGGAAGGUCAACUCACCGAACUAUUUGCGCCCACCGGCCCGGCUGAGGCCGGUCCUAUGAGCACGCUGAACAGCUUAUACAACAUGUCCAUUGGAUCUCGUGGUGGGAAACCGCUGGUCACAAAGAUUCCCAAUAAUGAAAUGUUGCUGGCACGCGAUCAUGUCAGUAUAUUUUUGGGAUUGGACGGAACGCCCACACGAAAAGUCGGUAUUGAAUGGUCGGGAGCGCCCGAGCAGAUGGGGUAUUCGUAUCCUUACGUCAUUGCCAUUCUUCCAAAGCACGUGGAAGUGCGCAACAUUCAGACCUUGGCACUUGUGCAGCAAAUUGACUUGCCCAAUGCAAGAUUUCUGAACCAAGGAAAGCUCGUCUAUGUGGCAACAACAUCCCAACUAUGGCGUUUGACGCCUUACAGCUUCUCCUCGCAGAUCGACCAGUUGGUGGAAAAGCAUGAAUACGAAGAAGCUGUAAGCUUACUCGAUCAAAUCGACGCCGUACUGAUAGACAACAAGGAAGAAAAACUACGAUCCACUCGUACUGCGUAUGCUCAUGACCUGUUCCAACAUGGAGAAUACGAUACGGCCCUGAACUUGUUCCAGGAACUCGACACUCAUCCAGCCGAAGUCAUUGAACUCUAUCCUCAAAUGAUUUCCGGAAGCCUCGCUAGCGAGCCCGCCGGAAAAGAAGAUGAAGAAGUGCUCACGGCGCCUGUGCAUCUUCAACAAGAAGACGCAGUGGCACGUCCUGAAAGCCGCUCUUCCAUGCGAAGCAAAGCCACAACAGCAACGGCGUUAAGUUCUUCUCACAAGCAUGAAGUGGUGCCUCUCACAGGUCUUAACUUGCACGACGCUGUCACUUAUCUGAUCCGCUUUCUAACCGAUAAGCGACAGAGAUUGUCCAAGAAAUUGAUGGGAUCCCCUCACUCUUCACAACCCCUCAGUGAAGACGUUCGCAAAGAACUACUCUAUCAAGCCUCUCUUGUCGAUACAGCUUUGCUGAAAUCUUACAUGAUGACCAACGAUGCGCUUGUAGGACCACUGCUCCGUGUCCAGAAUCAUUGUGAUGUCAAAGAUUGUGAGACUAUUUUAAUGGAUAAAAUGGCUUACAUGCAAAUGCUCUUGAUUUGUUGGCCAAGUAAGCUUGGACAGCAAUCCGAUGGUCCUUUACGUGGGGUUUUACCAACGAUUCGAUACCUGCAACGUCUAGGUCUAGAGCAAUUCGAUCUCGUGCUGCGUUAUUCAACCUGGGUUCUUGAAAAAGAUCCCAAAUUGGGAAUGGAUAUUUUUAUUGAUGAUUUAGCCGAAGUGGAGACGUUUCCACGACAGCAAGUGCUGGAACAUUUGGAAUCCAUAUCCAAUGACCUUGCCAUACAAUAUUUGGAAUAUAUUAUUGAUGAAUUACGAGAUACAUCGCCUGAUUUCCAUAACCGACUCGCCAUUGCUUAUCUGGAAAAAAUCGCUUCAGAAACAUCGGCGGGAUCAACGUACUAUCGUGCGGAAAAAAUCCUGUCUCGACUACCAAUGGAUGGUUUAUUUGAGGAACGGGCUAUUCUAUUGAGUCGGAUUGGACAGCAUGAUCAAGCGCUUGAUAUCUACGUGUACAAGUUGAAGAAUUAUGCCAUGGCAGAAGAAUAUUGUACAAAUAUUUAUCGCCAAAAUCCGGAGCAAGGCGAGAAGAUGUACCUGACGCUGCUCCGCGUUUAUCUACAGCCAAGUAACCAUCAGCAACCGUUACUGGAACCUGCGCUGGAUUUGCUGUCUCAUCAUGGCUCCCACAUUAAUGCAUCCGAAGUUCUCUCUAUUCUUCCUUUGCCGACCAAAUUGCAUGGCCUAUUUCCCUUUUUUGAAAAAUAUAUUCGUCAAAGCAAUCGAAGCAGAAAUAUGGAUAUGGUCGUAAGGAACUUGCUGAAAGCAGAACAAAUUCAGGUUGAAGAACAACUUAUGCAUUAUCGAUCGCGCGCUGUAAAGAUCACUGAGGAUCGCAUGUGUCCGCAAUGUAAUAAACGCAUCGGGAAUAGUGUGUUUGCGGUGUUCCCCAACGGCAUCGUCGUCCAUUAUUCCUGCAAAGAAAAGAUAGAGCAGACACAGUGGAAGCUCGUAUAA